AUGAGUAAAUUACUAGUUGCAGCAAUUGAUUUUGGAACAACAUACUCAGGAUUUGCAUUUUCAUUCGCGUAUGACUACAAACAUGAUCCCCUCCAAAUAUAUUUAAAUCGAUGGACAGCUGGCUCCGGUUUCCUCCAGUCCGAGAAAACACCAACUUGUGUUCUCUUUAGUCCAGAUAGAAAAUUUGAUUCAUUUGGAUAUGAGGCUGAAAACAAAUACAGUGAACUAGCCCUAGAAAACAAGCACAGGCCGUGGUAUUAUUUCCGGCGAUUUAAAAUGGACCUGUACAAUAAAGAGGGCAUUUCAAGAAGUCAUAAAAUUAAGGAAGAUGGCGGAGAGAAAAGUAUGGAUGCAUUAAUAAUUUUCAGUGCUUCCAUAAAAUACUUAAAAGAGAAAAUGGUCGAUAGGUGCAAACAGCAGGUCACAGGAAUCGAAGAAGAUGAUAUUCAUUGGGUCCUAACAGUUCCAGCGAUCUGGAGUGACCCAGCAAAGCAGUUCAUGAGAGAGGCUGCAGUUCUUGCAGGAAUUCCCUCUACUAGACUGAAAAUAGCUCUGGAACCAGAGGCAGCAUCACUCAACUGUAAAUAUUUGCCGAUUGAAAAAAAUGGAAACAUCUUUAAACCUUUGUCUAAAUACAUGGUUAUUGAUGCAGGGGGUGGCACUAUUGAUAUAACCGUACAUGAGGUACAAGAAAACAACUCAUUGAAAGAACUCUACAAGGCAAAUGGAGGUGCCUGGGGUGGUACAAAAGUUGACGAGGCCCUGGAAUGUCUACUAGCAGAUAUUGUUGGAGAAGAUGUUAUGAAGGCGUUUUCGAAAUUACACAAGAUGGAUUAUUUAGACCUUUUCAGAGAUUUUGAAUAUAAAAAGAGAACCAUUAAACCAGACUUAAAGAAAGAUAACCUUAUCACUUUCAAAGUUCCAACUUCCCUAACGCAUAUUUUAUCAGAUCACAAAGGGAAAAGAAUUUCUUCCACCAUUCAGUCAAAACCAAAAUAUAAAGAAAAGAUUACAUGGGUUGGGGAUAAAUUACGAAUGGAAGCCAAUUUGACGAAGGCGUUGUUUGACGAGAGCUGUGACCACAUCGUCAGACACAUUCAGUCACUUUUCCGCAUAAGACAGAUCAGAGAUGUCAAAACAAUCUUACUAGUGGGAGGGUAUGCAGAUUCUCCAAUGUUACAGGAGGCUAUCAAGGCAAAUUUCAGUCACGUGAAACUCAUUAUACCACCAGAGCCAGCGCUCACUGUUUUGAAAGGGGCUGUUAUUUUUGGUCACGAACCAGAUGCAAUUUCGUCUAGGGUUUGCAAAUACACUUAUGGUGUUCGUACAUAUUGCGAUUUCAUUGCAAAUAAACACCCCUUUGAAAAAAAAAUACUAGUCAACGGAAUUGAAAAAUGCAAAGACGUUUUCAGUAUCCAUGUAAGAGUUGGUGAGACACUACGUGUAGGUGAACCUACAGCUUCACAAAGGUAUCAUCCACUACUUCCCGACCAGACCAAAGUAAGGUUUGUAAUAUACACGUCACCAAGUAGCAAUCCAGAGUUUACUUCGGAUGAAGGCUGCCGCCGACUUGGCAGUUUAUCCAUAGAUAUGCCAGACAUUUUAAAGGGCGUUGAUAGGGCAGUAAAUGUCCAAAUGAUUUUUAGUGGGACUGAAAUAGAGGUAUACGCUACCGAUAAAGACACUAAAAAAACUGUCAAAACAACAGUUGAUUUUUUGGAAUAAGUUUGAAAACAAUUAAUAGGCAAUAAAAAUGAGAGGACUCGAUGUAUAACUUCCACUUACGUACCAGAAUAAGUGGUUUUGAUCUGACUUUAAAACAAUUAAUUACUGUUAUGUAUAUUUGUAUGAAGGCAAUCCUAGAAACCUAGAAACUUAAUGUAAAACUUAUUUGGUUAAUUGCUUAAUCGGAGGUUUUGUUAAAUAUAUUGUAUAUUCUUGUGAUACUAUCAUUAAAAUUUUACAUCCUCAACUUGCAUUGUAGUCUAACGUCUACAUUAAAGAUAAAUAACACAAACAAACUUUUUUCAGAAAUCAGCAAUAUUUUCCAUAGAUUUAUAUUCAAUUAUGUAACCUGAAUAAUAUUUGCCGUGUAAA